AUGCCACGACGUUUAAGAGACAUGUUCAACAGCAUCACUCCACCCCAGAAGAUGCCGACGUCCACUACUUGCUCUACAUCUUCUACCUCAAGAAGCUUCUUUGCAGGUACCCAUCAUGACGAUUCCCUCAGCCUCUGUAGCUGCACGCGCCAACUCCACUCUGCCGCCGUCAACGAUGUCGCAUCACGACUCACGAACGGCGGCCUGCACAAGAUUCGCGGCUGUACUGCCCCCCCCCCGCCAGGACGUGCAUGUGCGGCUCUUCUCUUAGCUGCAACCGCUGCACACGACCCACCACUGCUCCGAUGUGCCUCCCUUUCCCCCUGUCCAAGCCCCCCCCCGGGCCAACGCUUGCAUCUCUCUUUCAACUUCGAAGCGCUUUGGAUGUGGCCCGUCGAGUGGUGGUGGUUGGCCAAGACACCAAGAGUACUCUUCGCCCGCUUGCCUUUUCAUCUCUCUUCGUGUGAUCGCAAGUUACGGCGGUGGUCGAUGAAGCGGCGAGCAGAGGCCGCGCGAACAGACAACUCAGCUGCGACCUCGAGUAGUACGACAAGAGACGAAUAA